AUGUCUAGGAGGAUCAGGGAAUUAAGCCGUGUUAAACAACUCGGCAGGGAGCUAGCUGGAUUAACUGAGAUGGUCCAAGGAAUCAGCUGUCAAAUACCCACAUUUGUGCCUCAGCCGCCUAGCUCAGACAAAGAACUCACCACUGAGCGACUUGCUACUGCACUUUCACCUAUUCCCGUUCGCCCCCCAUAUCAUCAAACCCAUAGUGACCCACAACACCCAAAUCAGCCUGGUCAGCCGAUGCAUGAUCCUAUGCAUAUAAUAUGGGUACUGGAAUGGAAUCCCAAUUUGCAAAAUCCAAAACAGAAAAAACUUCAAUUCCAGACCGACCAAACCAAACCUUUCGUGUUCCCAUUCAGCCGAUCUACUGGAAACAUCCCGGUUUCUGUGGAGGAGGCGGAAAGACUAUACAAAAAGCAUAUGCACGUCAGUCUUGCUCUAUGGCAAAUGUGGGAAGUGAGGGAAGCCUGUUGGAGGGAGGAAACGGGUGUGGAUGAAUCAGUCGCACUUGGAGAUAACGGUACCUCGAACAUCAAGAACAUAGUUUCGACGGGUACAUUCGGAAAGUCUGACGAUAUGGUCGACAAUACUUCCGGACUGAGCGACGUCAAGAAAUUGGAGGCUCUAAUCGGGGAGGUUGAAAAUGCCCUCAAUUCAAGUGCAGAGAUUGACGCGUUGAGACUAUCUACUUCUAUUUUGCCACUCUUGCAACCCUGUGUUAUCGUUUUACUCAAGUUACUCCUCGCAACUGUCACCGCAACUGGCGCACCCCCACCAAAUGAUCUCAGUCUGGAUUUGGUGUCCAAGGUAGUCCUCCGCAGCCGCCCCCAUCCCCAGAAGAAAUUGAUGUCAUGCGUCACCCGCGAGAUCACGAGCAAGGCUGUUUCUGCUAUUUUAAUGCUUACACUCAAGUGGUUCAAGGCGUCACAUAUAAUGAAGUUCCAUCAUCUUGGACAGCUUACUGGACAGCAAUUGCAUACUGCUCGUGUUGAAGAUGUUUGGACUCAAGUGGGUAUAUGCAUUCUAUUCUUCGCUACGUUGGAUUUAACUUUGAAUGCUGGUUUGCGUUUGCUUGAGGAACCAGCCCCACCUCUACCCCGUAUCGAAGAUGAUAUUGUUCAAAAGCCAGCAAGAGGCGAAGUCACCGAUUUGGUAUUGGUGCAAUAUAAGAGCUCGGCAAUUUUAAAGCGAAUCUUGAAGGUCUCUCAUCCAAUUCUUCAGCUUCACGUCUUGAAAUUGUUAAAAAGUCAAGUUCCUUAUUGUGGGCGCAAGUGGCAGUCAAAUAUGAAGUUUAUAACACUCAUUUAUCUGCAUUGUCGCCCUGACUUGCGCGAUGAAUGGCUAUCGGGGACUGAAGUCGACGAUGUAGUUGAUGCGAUGGUUCAAGAGCAAGCGCUGAGAACUUUGGUCAAGUUUUCCCCUCAGAUAUACCAAGGUUAUGGUGCCGCAGCCGCCGUCCCACCCUCCCAGCAGUACUUGUCGGACUUAGGAGAGCAGGACAAUUAUCAGACCGAGGCCGCAGAUGCGUUGAUCCCACCACAUUCUCUGAUAGAACAACGCGAAGGCGGCGCAGAUGAAAUUGGUGGCGUGUCAGCAUGGAAGCAGUUGUCAAAAAUGUCAUCUGCAGCAGAGGCUGGACUAGCAGAUGGCAUUAGCGAUUCGGAGAGUAUUGGGUCGAUUAAUAUCUUGGGCGACGAGACAAGGAGCGAAAGCGAUAUCUCCGAAGCGGAUUCAGCCGACGAAAACACUAACAACUGGGCGCAUAUGAGCCCUAAAACGCUACAGGCAAUGGCCAAAUCGCCCAUUGGUAGACGUUCUAGCUCCGGUUCUGGUCUGAGGCCUGUUCUGCCAUUUGGGUUGGAUGAUGGAUCUGCUAUCCCUGAUGAUGUAGAACUCCCGACUGGCCCAGUACCUCGGUCAGGCACGUUGGGAGAGGGUGAGGGUGUUGAUGAAGUUGAGUACCUGUAUGGGGAAUAA